AUGCCUGUGGGAGAAAACAACUUCGACCGCCUCGCUAAAAGUGCUCUAAGAUGGCGGCCGGAAAGUGCCGAGCGAACAGCGUGGAUGCAAGUAUUUUUCUCCCUCCUCACGCAAGCCAGCUCGCUGGCAGCUUUCCCGUCGUAUAACGUCGUUCUGGGGCUCUGGGGAUUGUACAGCGUGUACACCAAGAGCCUCCAAUCCACCCAAGUAUAUCUGGGAUUGCUUUGCUUCUCCAUUCUGCUUGACAUUAUAUUCUGCUCCAUUUGGGGGAGCAACGACGCCGGCAUCUUCGACGGAUCGACAGCAUCGUUUUGCCUCGUCAUGCUCAUCCUCAACAUGCUGGCGAAGCUAGCGGCGGUGUACUGCUUCUUGAGAUUCUACAAAGAAAUGGAGUCUGGAGCAAUCCGCCCCCAAGAGCGUUUGGGUGCCCCCGCGAAGCAAGGAGGGCGCCAGUCGGCGGGAGGGCGUGGCGCGUACGACAUGGCACCAAUGUCGACUCACGAAGAGCGGGCUCCCGUUGGUUCUCCCGAUGCGAGUCUGAUGAGUUCUGGCAGUGCAGCAUCGUUCGCACUUUCUCCGAAGGGGAGGGCUGACUGA